GCUCUCCUUAAUCCGCCUCCAUCUCUUGCUUAGCAAUUAGCAUCUUAAUCCACCUCCGAAUCGCAAAGCUUAAACCCAACUCCUUUCCUUUAUCAAUCCUCCCCCCUCGAUCAGCUAGGAGGAGCAUAGCUGCAAACGCCGCCGAACUUCUCGCCACGGACGCGCACCUCUCGCGCGACGUGGCCACGUAACGCCAUGCACUCGCUGUUCCGACGAGCCAAGGCGCCGGCGGCGGCGUCCCCGCCGGCGCCGAUGCCGAUGCUGUCCUUCCCGGGCAAGAAGGCGCUGCGCUUCGAGGGGGACACCUCGGCGGCCGAGAGGGACGCGGAGCUCGCCGUCCUGAUGCACGCCCGCGCGCACGUCGUGCGCGCCUCGGAGAGCGCCAGGACCGGCGCCGCCGAGACCGCCGCCGCGCUCCGCGCGUACCUCCGCGUCAUCUACGCGUCGAACAUGCUGGCCGGGCCCAGCCAGCAGAAGCUCUGCUUCGCGUGGCGCGACGACGCUGUCGCUGGGGACGAGGGCGACGGGAAGAAGGCCAGGAACAAGGCGGCGACGGGGCAGGGGCAGGGCCAGACCCAGCGGCACACGUCGCUGGUGACGGAGUGGGCGGCGGCGCUGGCCGCGCUGGCCGCGGAGCUGGCGCGCGCCGCGGCGGCCGAGGACAGGCGCGGGGCCGACGGGAUACGGCGCGCGUGCGGCGCGCUCUGCGACGCGGCGGGCGCGCUGCGGGCGGCGGCGGGGCCCCGCACGACGGACGCCUGCCUCGCCGCGUUCGAGCGCCUCAUGCUCGUGCAGGCGCUCGAGUGCUACUUCGAGCUUGCCGUCGCCGGUGGCAAGCCGCCAGCGUUGUGCUCCAAGAUUGCGCAGCAGGUCAGCCAUGACUACCAUGAAGUGUUCAUCAGUUUGGGCAGCCUCGAGCAGCAGCAGCAGCCGAUCGACAAGUCGUGGGGGCCGCAUGUGCAGGCCAAGGCCGCCUACUUCCAAGCCGAGGCCAAUCUCCAGCGCGCGCGGGCGCUGCGCGAGCAGGGCCCCGGCUCCGUCGGCGAGGCGGUGGCGCGGCUCCGGCUCGCGGUGGCGGUCCUGGACGCCGCCGCCGGCAAGACGGGCCCGCUGGGCAAGAAGUCGUUGUCGUCGUCCACCGCGGCAGCGCUGGCGCCCGUGCGGGACGCCGUGGCGCGCCUCCGGAAGGAGGUCGAGGCCGAGCUGGCCGCCGCGGAGAACGACAACUGCCAUGUGUACUUCGACCGCGUAUCGGCCGCCGACGCGCUCAAGGAGCUGCCUGCGCUGCCGGAGCCGCUCGUGCGGGCUACCGCAGUGGAGAAGGUCCUCAGGGAAGCCGACGGCGAGGCGGCCUUGGCCAACGGCGGGGCGCCGACGAUUCGCCAUUGACCCUUUUUUUGUGGAGGAGAUGGUUGGGUUUUUCUUUUUUCUUUUGGGUUUCUUGUUGCAUGCGUUCGCGUGUUUGUUCGUUGGUUUGUUCGAAUCCAAUCAUGUGCUCGUCGAGGAAAUUCGCGCGGCCAUGAUUUGUGAUUGACUCCUUCGUUUAUUCUUCUGAGGUGAUCCCCCCGUAUUCCUCGUUUCAACUAGAAGCACGAUAACUGUAUUCGUUUUAACUUUUAA